GAAAUCAGGAGAGCAGUAGUUCUGUCAUGGUGACAGGAGUAUGUUUUGAAGGUGGGACUCCUGGCUCUAGAGAGAUGCGCUUCACCUACAGGGACUAUAUGGAGUGUGUCAUGGUUAAGGUGACUGCUGGAGACCCUGCAAAGCUUAAACUAGUCGGCGAGCCACAACCACCUUUGCAGGUGUUAAAUGGGCACGGCAUCCCCACACCAUUCGUUGUCCAACUGCUUGACAAGUGGGGAAACCCCUCUCAGGACCAGAGGGUUGUGGUGAAGUUGUGUUCACUCCCAGCUCUGAAGGUAACGGCAAACGUUUCUUCACAACCAGUGAAUGCAGAAGGAAAAGCCUGUUUCACUGUUCAAAGUGUGAGCGGAACAAAGGGAUACCAUCAGCUGGACUUUAAAAGUUCCUUCAACAACAAACCCAUCGAUGGUGUAUCAGUGAAUCUCACUGUCAUACCUGAUCCCAAGAAACCUGUCAGCCUGUCAGUGGAAUAUGACACCAAAGUCAAGUUUCCUGCUGGAGGCAGAUUCCCAGUAUUCUCAGUGACCGUGGUGUCUGAUGAGGGUAGCCCAAUUACAACUUUUAACCCGACUGCUGUAUCCAUGUGGCUGUGGGAGGGAGUGUCAGAAAAAACACCUCCUCAAACAGCCACUGAGCUGAAGUGUAAUAGGCCCAUGGCGAAUGACCGGAGAGACUGUUUUUACUUCAGGUAAGAAGCUUGUACAUCUUGUCUGGUCUGCUUUGUUUGACUUAUUGCAC